AUGCUGCCUUCUAUGCCCAUUCUGUUUACGAGAGAGAGUCAGGAUGCUUUUGGAAACAAAAUUGAACCGAGCACAAGCUUUUUCAAUCAAAAUAAUUUCCCUAAACCCAUUAUUCAGCCCGAGCCGCCGCCACCGAAGGUUGCGCAGGAGGUUACUAAAGCAGCACAGAAGGAACCUAAGGGCAAAUCAAAUACCAAGAAAAAAGUUGAACCGCCUAAACCUGACAGCAAUGCUAUAGAGUCAGCUCUGGUUAAAUCCUACUACACAAAAGUACAAACAAGAUUUUCCUCCAAUCCAUCGGUGCCUACCAAUAAGUUUGUACAGUUUCAAAAUAUAUUGAAGACAUUUGAUCCCGCUAAGGAAACACCAGUUGAUUUGUAUAAGAAAAUUGAGGAGAUAUUUGGUGAAGAGCAUAAGGAUAUUGUGGAAGAGUUUCUCCUGUUUCUGAAGCCAGGUCAAGCUGCUGAAGUUGGUCGGUUCAUGGACCAUUUCAUGUUAGUGCAAAUGACUGGUUUCAUAGAACUGUUGCAAACCACGUUAGCUAGAAAGCCGACUGUCCUGCGCAAGGUGCUGCGCGCGAUUACCAGUGAGAGUGGGAGUAGUGAGGAGAUGCGCGCGCGCGUCCUGCCACACUUGCGCUCACAUCCGCGUCUCGCGACCAUGUUCAAGUCGCUGUUCCCUGAUGAACGGCCACCGGAUAGUUUGUACGAGUCGGGAACGGAUCUCAUAGACGAGAGCUUCCUAACCAGCGACAAGGGGUACGACGUGUGGGAGUUCGACGAUGAAACCGACAGCAGGAGGAGGAAGCUUGAAGUCAAGGAGUCUUUGGAUACAGUGUACCUGCACGGGCGCGUGUUCCUGCAGCACGGCCGCCUGCUGCGCGGCGCCAGCGUGUCGUACCCGUACAGCAAGGAGCCCUACCGGGUGCACGCGCGCCGACUCGCGCCCACACAUACUCUACUCUCCCCACCAGACUCCGACGACGAACGAUCCUCCCCCAAACGGAACGCUAAAACGAACUGCAAAAUCCCACCUAAAAAGCCUAAAAAACAACUCAAAUCCCCCACGAAAAGUGUCAAAGACGUCAACGACAACACAAAACACAAAGACUGUACAGUUAACUUAUUGAGCCCUAAACCUACCAAAAAGUCUCAAAGUAAUAAUAAAAGUAAGGCGUGUAAGAAGGAGCCGGAGAACAAAAGUGAGAACUUGCAGAAGAGAGAGAGGAAAGACAGUAAGAGUCACACGUGCCAGAAGAAAGAUGAGGGUUCUAAGGCCAAGCAGGCAAAGUUGGAGACCGUAGUCACUAUAGAGCCUAAGAAAAUUGAGAAAAAUGAGAUGAGUAGUUGGACUCGAGAAGAAGAUAAAACGAUGUUACAAAUCCUAAAAGGAGAGGCUGUUUCGGAGCAAGUGUUCGGGCGCAUCAGAGAGUUGCUCCCACACCGCUCCGCCACGGAGAUCAAGGAGAGGUUCUGUCACGUGAUGACGCUGUUGCAACAGAUGGCUGUCGGUGAAGUUACCUAG